GGCCCUGCGUAAGCGGCCCGGGGUGGGGCGGAGGCGUUGGCGGCGUUGCCACGUCCCGGUGGCGGCUCGCGCAGGGGCGGCCGCGACGGCAACCGUGGCGCGGGAGGUGGAGGAGGAGGUGGGGCUGGCGCUGAAGCCGGAUCCGGUACUGUGUGCCCGGGUGGGUGAGAGUCCGACGGGCCUGGAGAGGAGCGCCGACCGCGAGGCCUCCACGGGUGAGGGAGGCUGGGGGCCGGGGAGCGAGAGCCGGGCCGCGCCUGGUGUCCAGGGGGCCGUCGUGGGCCUGCCUUCACAUUUAUCAAACAGGUGUGACCGCUGUCCCCGGGCGAGGAGAGCUAGGCCCGGGUGGGAGGUGUUUGUUCCGGGAGCCGCGCAUUUAGCCUCGCCAGACCUUACUACAAAGAUGAAACCUGAUGAAACUCCUAUGUUUGACCCAAGUCUACUCAAAGAAGUGGACUGGAGCCAGAAUACAGCAACAUUUUCUCCAGCCAUUUCCCCAACACAUCCUGGAGAAGGUUUGGUUUUGAGGCCCCUUUGUACUGCUGACUUAAAUAGAGGUUUUUUUAAAGUACUAGGUCAGCUGACUGAAACCGGAGUUGUCAACCCUGAACAAUUUAUGAAAUCUUUUGAGCACAUGAAGAAAUCUGGGGACUAUUAUGUUACAGUUGUGGAAGAUGUGACUUUAGGACAAAUUGUGGCUACAGCAACUCUGAUAAUAGAACAUAAAUUCAUCCAUUCCUGUGCUAAGAGAGGAAGAGUAGAAGAUGUUGUUGUUAGUGAUGAAUGCCGAGGAAAGCAGCUUGGCAAACUGUUGUUAUCAACCCUUACUUUGCUAAGCAAGAAACUGAACUGUUAUAAGAUUACCCUUGAAUGUCUACCACAAAAUGUUGGUUUCUAUAAAAAGUUUGGAUAUACAGUAUCUGAAGAAAACUACAUGUGUCGGAGGUUUCUAAAGUAAAAAUCUUUUAAGAAAGACAUUUGUCAAAGGAGCUAAUGCAACAAGGCAAUACUCUUCUUAGAGUUAAAAUAUUUUGUUGCUGCAACCCAGUGACCUCCAUAAAUACUGGAUUGAAAAUAACAUGGUAAUUCAACAGGUAUAAUGACACUUAGAAGAUUACUUUGGCCUGUGGGACAUGCUGUGAGUUUAGAUUACAAAUGAGUCUUAUAAAGGGGAUGAUUUUUAACCAAAGGAAUAUAUUUUUAACUUGAAUCUUUUCUUGCAUUGUAUUUUUCUAAAGUUUGGCUUCAUUUCUUUGUAGUUAAGAGUAUAGGUAGUAUAGAGUUAUGUGUCUGCAAUCUGUACUGCUCAUUAAAAAAAAUAUAUAUAUAUACCAUAAAUAAGGCUAUAUCACAUUCACAAAAUUAAUAUUUUUGUUUCAAUCAAAGAAACACCAAAAAUCACUUAGGAGUGUUAUCAUUUUUCCAUAUAUUACGUGAAAUUGGGUAAGAUAACUAAAUGUAGUGCAGACCAACAUUUGUUGGUCCUAAUACUGAACUGGCAAACAACCUGGUUAGCCUUUUCAGUAAGUAGAAAUGAAAAUUAUAAAAUGUGACAGGAUUCAAAAUAAAACAAUUUAAGUGUACAUCUGAAAGUUUA